CUCAAAGAGACUCCGACAAAAGUACAUAAUAAGUCAGGCAGCAUCUUGCUCGCCCUUCCAACCCCGACAUCCUCCUCAUAAUCGAAAGCCAAAUGGCGCCCCGCAAGAUGGCGCUCGCCGCCCUCCUGUGCCUUUCCACCAGCGUUCUCGCUGACCUCCAACUCACCGAAGCAGCGCUGCGGGAAUACGACGGCACCGACCCCACCAAACCCAUCUACCUCGCCCUCGGCGGCACCAUCUACGACGUCUCCGUCUCGCCCGACUUCUACGGCCCCGGCGGCCACUACCACCACUUUGUCGGCAAAGACGCCUCGCGCGCCUGGGUGACGGAGUGCUGGGACGACGCGGAGCAACUCACGUGGCGCAUGGACGGCGUGGAAGACAUGUACAUGCCCAAGUACCUCGACGAGCAGAUGGAGCAGGCGGCGACCGGGGAGGCGGACAUUGAAGGCGGGGCGGAGUACGGGAUGGCGGAGCUGGCGGGCAUGGCGCAGGCGGUCAUGCAGAAGCUGGGCAAGAUUUCCGACAAGGAGAUUGCGCGGCGGCGGAAGGAGGAUAUCGUGGAGGCGAAGCAGGCGGUGCAGGAGCGCUUGGAUCAUUGGACGGCGUUCUUUGCGAAGAAUGACAAGUAUAAGACGGUGGGCAGGGUGGUGUUGGAUACGGACAAGCCGGAGCCGCCGAAGAUUUGCGCGGCGGCGUUGAAGAAGCGGCCGUUGAAGGGCGGGAAGUUGGAUAAGAUUAUGAAGGCUAAAGGAGGGGCGGCGGGGCUCAUGGGUGGCAAGGGUGGUGCGAAAGCCGGUGCAGAGGGAGGGGAUGCGGCAAACAUGCCGGACUUCGUCAAGGACAAGCUGAAAGGGGCCGAGUCGCUGGAUGGAGAGGUAAAGGAUGAGUUAUAGGCUGCGUCCCAGUGAUAUUCUACAUGGCCACACUUUGAAGCGCUCAAUAUGGUCGGCCUGUCGUGGCCAAUUUUUCGACGCCAUACCGUUUCCGCCUCACUGAUGUAGGCCUACAAUUCGUCCCUUCGACAAGAGUCGUGUUGCAGCUUGUGGUUAUAAUGACCUCUCUCCGCCGGCCAAAGGAAAUGCACGAGUGGAAAGGGGAAGCCGAAAGGAAGCA